ACUUCCGUUGCUAUUCCAAACAUGAACCCACUCGCCGUGCUUGAGUAGAAGUGUACAUAUUUUGGUCAAAAACAGGUGUGUGUUUUUCAGGUGGGGACAGGAUGUGGCUACGGUACCUGACCCUCCUCUCUCUGUUGGUGGUGUCCUGUCGGAGUUACUCUGUCACAGACCUAACGGAAAUCUAUCAGACCCAGCUCUCAAAUAACGCUGAUAAUUAUACCUAUAACUACAAUCUGCACACUUUUGCUGAUAACACAUCCAUCAACUAUGCUUCUGUGAACACAUCCUCCUACCUACACACGUAUGUGGAAAGAGGUGGAUUUGUGCUGGAUUUAACCCAGUGGCAGGACAAUUCAUCCGGAACACCGUCCAAUGUGACAACCCUACCCCUACUGAAGGUUACACAGCGAUGGGAGGUGAACAGUGCCACAGCAUCUCCAGACACAAUCCUGGUAUCUAUGACAAUCAGCAACCCUGGCUCCGUGACAGCGAAUAAUGUGACCAUGACCUUUGACCUGACCGGUGGACUGAGACUGGACAUUUCCAGCAUAGUAAAGAAUACGAGCACUGUCAUCACACACACACAGAGUAAUGUCAAGUUCCAGUGGUAUAGCAGCAGCAUAUUGGCCUCAGAAGAGAUGUUCCUGUCGUUUGUGACGGUGCCGUCGGGGACGAAUGGCGGUAACCUGGAGGCAGGACACAAUGUGUACACCAGCCAGCUCUACUUUGCUUCUACAGUUUUAACUUCUGUAGCUGGGCCUAUUGACCUUGACAUGUGUGUUUAUGGGAUUCGAAAUGUACAGAAAAGUAUAUUUUAUGAGCAAGGCUUCACUGCCCUCAUGUUCUUCAUCGCGUUUGCCCUUGGCAUCGGUCUCGUCAUCGGAGCUGUCUGUUUAUUUCUGAUGAUAAAAAGAAAGCGCGCCGUGCAAAGCAAGAGUUUUACUCAGACUAAUCUAAGGAUAUCAACACGAGGUAAGACCAUCCUGAUGGAUGACGGGGAUGUGAACAAGACAGGACACACCAUUACAGACUUCAGUAACAUAAGAGAAGACGAUUCUAUCGUGGAGGUUUUGGUAGUCAAGGACAAACUGAAACGUUUCCGGGAACUAGACAAUUUGGACAUAGUGUGCACUGUGUCGACGGACACAGACAUCGAGACCCAGAGGGCGGACGCCUCCCUAAAGGCCACGGCCAUGCUGAUCAGGGGACUCAUCUUCAACCGAGACAUCAGUCCACAAGUCUACGAUGCCGCUGACAAAAACAUGAAACAGCGACGGCUUCUCCUGGAUGGUAACCUUGACACUGAGUUCCAGAGGCAGAAUAAAAAACUACGAAAGAAGCUGGCCGCCAAAAACAAGGCCAAAUUAUCCAGAACUUUGCAGAGGCAGAGGGAAGAAAAGAAGAAACUUGUCAGUGAAAUAGCAGACCUAGGAGAUAAUGAGAGGAAGCAGCUUCUGGACAUGAUGGACCAGGAACACCAGACAGAGCUCAAUGAGGAGGAGUUCCUGCUGAAACUGGAGCAGGAUGAGGAGACAGAGAACCUCAGGAAGGAGUUUGCGGUGAGGAGAAGGAUGGGGAUGAAGGAGCUCCAACAGGAUCAGUUGGAGGAAGUGAUGACACAGGGCCACCUGGUGGGCGAGAAAGCUGAUUGGCUGUUGGAGGAACACCGGAAGGUUCAGGCUCAGAUGGAGAAGAUGUACGACGAGGAAGUGGCCAGACAGAGGAUCCUCCUGGAGGAAAAGUUGGAGAAACGGAAGGCCCUGGCCAAGCUAGAGGAACAACAAGAGGAUGAUGGGAGUGAUGUGUUAAACACAAUGGCCAGUCACCAGAUAGAGCUCAUCAACAAAGCCAAGGCCAAGAAGGUAGGGGGACUAACUCCGGAUGAGGCGUCUGAACUGAUUGCAAAAGCCAAGGAAGACAUGAUCAGUCUGAAGGAGCGUCUAGACAAAGACAGGCAGAAACAGGAAAUGGCGCUGGCAAAGAGGCUUGGCGACAUGAAGCGAAAGAAACUCAACCAGAUGAAAUCUCAACAGAAGUCUGAGCUGGAUAAAGUAAUGAAGAGCAUGGAGACACAGACAGACGAACCUAUAGACCCUCUGCUGUUUGUUGAGACAAAGCUGAAGCUCGAAGCAAAGCACCGUGAGGAGGUAAACCAGGAGGAGAACGAGAUAGACGAGGAUCACGCCGAGCAGCUGAGACAUCUCAACGACGAGCUCACCGACCACGCCAAAGACGAGCUCUCUCGAGCUGAGCGCAACCUGGUCAAACGGAUUGGUGAAAUCAAUACUGUUUCGCCAGACCAGUAUGAAAAACUACUGAGUGAGCAUGAAGCUGACGUGAUGCGUCUCCAGGCUCAGCAGAAGAGGGAGCUCGAGAAACAGAAGGCCAACCUCAAUGCAAAGCUUGCCAAGUCCAGACGGGACUGGGAGCAGAGGAAGGAGCAGGAAAAAGCGGAACAGGAGGAGAUCCGGAAACGGGAGGACGAGGUCGUCAAGAAGUUGAUAAGUGGUCAGAUGUCCAUGUCUGAGGAAGAGAGAGACCGAAUCAUGAAGGAACACGAGAAACAGAUGGUCAAAGUGGAGAACAGCCUGACGCUGAACAAGCUAAGACAGAAGAGGAUGUUAGAGGAGCGACUGGCGGCCAAGCGAGCGUUACAGAUGGACAAACUGGAGAAGAAGCAGAGUGUGGAGUACGAGAAAAAGAUGCGACAGAUCGAGCACAACGGCGAGGAGUCUGACCCCGAGAACCAGCGGGAGAAGUUAGAGCUGAUGAAGCUUCAGUUCAGUCAGAAAAUGGCUGUCCUCCAGGGGCAGAAACUCAACAUCGACGACGAACUCGAGAAUGUCAAAAUUGAGAUGUUGAAGGAGAGAGUGAUCGCUUUGAAGGAACAAGAAGAGAAGUUGGGGGCCAUGGUGGCAGCCCUACAGGUGGCCAAGGCCAGAGAGAUGGCGCUGAUAGAAGAGCAGCAGGCAGCCAUUAACAAUCUGAAGUCCAACCUGAUAGAUGAACUCAGUGAGCGCGGAAUUCUGUCCGACCCCGAGUGUCAGAAAGUACUGGACAGACACAAACAGGAACAAGAAAACUUAAACAAGAAACUUGAGAGUCAGAAGAGCAAGCAAGAGAAGGAAUUGAGAAAGAGGCUAAAGGAGAAGAUUGAGCAGAAGGAGGAGAUCAUGAGCCGCGCUCACAAACGAGAGAUCGAGGCGCUGCUCGCCACCUCAAAGAACAAGACCGCACUCAAGAUGAAGCAGGCGCUGCUCGCCCACAAACACAUGAUGGAGAUGGAGAAGUUCCGAAACAACCUGGACAGACAGAUAGCCCAGACCCUGGAGGAUGUCCGUCUACAAUUUGAGAUGCGACGAGCCAAGGAAACCCAACAGGAGGAGCUGAGGUUUAUCGCGGGGCUGGUGCGCGUUGGCUCCUUUGACCAACAGGAGCUCAUCGAUGUCCUACAUAUUCUGUACCCACAAAAAACAGACACUGAAAUCCAGGCCGUGAUGAAGGAAAUCUAUGAUCCCAACUUCCAACAAGCUCCCAAAGAUGUGCCUCCGUUGUCACGUAGAGACAGCUCACUGACUGAGCGAGUCCGCAGCAACCAGAGUCAGGAACUCUCCAGGAGAGCCUCUCUUUCAUCCAGGUUUGAGGAUAGCAAUAGGGGGAAAGCGGAUAAAAAAUCAUCUUUCAAGAAAUCUCGCAGACAGUCCGACCUAGACUCGGAUUCAUUUUCGCGACCUUUACCUAACAUCCCUAAAAAGAAGAAAUUACAAAAACUAGAUGAAAACAGCGAAUCAGAUAAUGAAUAUUCGUACCUAUCUAAGCGGCCUGAGCCGAUAGGAGAAGUAGUGGAGGCAAGAAGGCUCGAAGAUUUCGACGAGACUCUCCCUGCUUCCGGUCUUCCAUCAAAACUACCUCCGCUGGAAGCCAAGGCACCCAAGAAGGGCAGAAAGAAGAAGAAGAAAGUUUUACAAAAGUUAGCUCAUGUAGAUUCUGAUGGUGAAGUUUAGGAAGAUAGUCUAUACCUAGCUAAUGUAGACUCUGUUGGUGAAAUUAACAAGGGGACAGCUAUAAUGAUGCCUUCUUCACUGAUCUCCAGUUAGUGUAAUACAUUUCCCAGACCUAAUGCUCAUGGACCUUGUAUAUUUAAUACUGGAUUAUUUUUUAUAUCAUUUUGUUUGAUUAUGAACUUUUACAAACCAGAAAUGUUAGUAAAAAGCCCGUGAUGAUUUACUAAAAGCUACCGGUAGACACAAUUUAUUUUUAUAAACUAGUGCAUAUCAAUUCAUUAUAUAUCUGUAAAGCUACACGUACAUCUUUUAUUUUUGAAUUUAUUUUGAUAAUCAUUUUAUUUUCUAUAGAUACACUUUUGUAUUUGUUGCACUUUUUACACUGAUUUUUACUACUGUAUCGAUCAUUUUCUGGGUUCAGGCAUAUCUUUGGAAGUGUAAAGGAACUAUAAUCCCUGAUCAUCAUGAAGGUGUUAUUUCUUAAAACAGGGUAAAUUGGAAUUAUUAGUGUAACAUAGCUGUAAAAUCAAAUGGUACCGUUUUGCUUUAUCUAAUCAUGAUUAUGACUUCAUCUGGAAUAACCAUAAUGCAGUUUCUUUUAAAUUUCGAACAUUCGAUGGUUGACUUUCAAGUUUUAGUAAGAAAAACUACAUAAUUGUUGGAGGAAGAAAAUAUUGAGAAGGAAAAGAAACAUUGUAGGCUUACUAUGGGUUUUGACAAUGGAUUAUCUCACGCUGAGGUGAUAUACGUAUGUUGUUCUAAUAUUUCCAUUUAAUUUGCAUAGCAUGCAUUGAUGUUGCACUUGCUAUUAAUGUUGUUAUUCAAUCUACUCAUGUUACAUAGAUGUCACAUUGUGCUCCCAACAGCUAGACUUUGUGCCUUUUUUGAAUUUCUACAAAGUUUAAUAUUUUCAUUAAAAUUGGGUGUCUGUAGGAAAAAAAUAUUUUUUCUAUAAAAAAAAUAUUACUCAGUAUUUUCGAAGAAUGUAAGAAAAGCAAGAAAGCCUGGAAAAAUUUCCAAUAAUGAUGAUGAUAUCAUGAUGAUGAUGUCAGGAUGAUGAUGUCAGGAUAAUGAUAUAUGAUGAUGAUGAUGAUGAUGAUGUCAUCAAUUGAUGAAGAUGGUGGUCGCCUGAACUACGCACCCUUUAAUUUGUUGUGAUUUAGCAUAAGCUUGCAGUUCUCUGCACUUUUGAAAUCUCAGGAAUUCACUUCACCUGUUUGUAUGAUUCCUAUAUAUGUAUGAUGACAAACCUGUAGAUACACUGCACAUACUCCCACACAUGUAUCCUGUUACAUAGCAACUGAUUUUAUUACAUGUUUCUAAAAUGUCAUAAAACUACAAUACAUACCGGUAUAUUAGAUGAAUGUGAUUGUCUCAAUGAAAGUAACUGUAUCAUAUACAGGUCUCAAUGCUGCCAUACUUGUCAUUUUUUUUUUUGGAUUCGAUAAUUUUUAAAUCAUAUUUUAUGAUACUGAUAGAUAAUCAAAAUACAUGUAUACUCUUAUGUACUGGCUGGUAUCAGGUUAGUUUAGGUUUACCUGGAAUCGCGUCAUUUCUUUCUCAUUGUAUCAAACGUUUUGAGAAUUUAAUAUUCUUCUGCCAUGAUUCCAUUUAUUCAACAUCCUAUAUAGCUACUGCUAUCAGAGAAUUUUUUGAAUGACUUCUAUACAAACAUAAUUAUUAUUGAAGGUUUUUGUUUUUAUGGUUCAUCUACUAACCAGAAAGGUUGUUUUAAACCUGACUGACUUAUAUUUACCUAUUUAUGAAAACUUAACUGUGAUAUUUCUAUAUUUGUUAUCAGACAUUUUUUUAAUAAAUAAAAUAUUUUAUUGUCUAACUGUAACCUUGAUUCUUUUAAAUGAUUUUUAAAUUUGUUGAUUUUAAUUUAUUUAGUAUAUUUUUUUCUCUAUGUUUUUAUAUUUUCUGUACUGAGAUUUUAAAUAAAGGUUGUAGAUAUCUCAGGUAAAUAUUUUCUUUUUAUUUAUCUAAA